AUGCCCCCGAAACUCUUUCGUCGCCGCGCCGAGGAGUUGCAUGAGGCAUUGCAAACACGUCUGCAAGAUGCCGGCCAGCAGUUCCAACUCCAGUUGCAGCUUAACGCUCUGGGGCCUCCGAGACGCGGUGCCUUCGAGCUAUCCUUCGCCAUCCAACCCACAACAGUUGUGAGCGAGCAGCGUCCGCUUUGGUCUGGUCUAAAGCGUACGCCACGCGCUCAAAAGUUUCCCGAUCCGGAUGCCAUGUGUCAACAAAUCAUUGAAGCUUACGAGGAGCUAGCAAAACAUAAGACGAACAAGCGCAAGCGUGAAUCCAACACAUCCCCGUCAAGCUCGCCAACCACAGCACCAUCCACAUCCACAUCAGCGAAACGCCGUAAGAAGGAAAAGUAA